AUGGCCGACUACGCCGCCGACCCGGAGAAGGGCCACCAGACGACGUUCGCGACGGGCGAGAAGGGCGUCGCCGCCAAUGGGCAGGUCGUUCUUCGCGGGCUCGACCAGGACGCGCCCGAGGGCGCUGUGCACCGCAACCUCAAGUCGAGGCAUCUCCAGAUGAUUGCCAUCGGUGGCUGCAUCGGCACCGGUCUCUUCGUCGGCGCUGGAGGUGCGCUCGCCAACGGUGGACCGCUCGGCCUCUGGCUCGGCUACUCGAUCAUGGGCUGGUGCGCACCGGACCCCUCCCUCCUCCUCAUGACGACGCUCUACCCUGUGUCUGGAGCGUUCACGCACUACUCGGCGCGCUUCGUCGACCCGGCUCUCGGCUUCGCCCUCGGCUGGAACUACUGGUACUCGUACGCCAUCACCCUGCCGACCGAGAUCACGGCCGCCGCACUCGUCAUUCAGUUCUGGCGCGACGACAUCAACGUCGCCGUUUGGAUCUCGGUCUUCUACGUCGUCAUCUGUAGCUUCAACUUCUUCGGCGUCCGCGCUUAUGGCGAGGCCGAGUUCUGGUUCUCUAUCCUGAAGAUCAUCACGAUCAUUGGACUCAUCCUGCUUGGCAUCAUCAUCACGGCCGGCGGUGUCCCGGGCACGGACCCCAUCGGCUUCCGCUUCUGGCACCAACCGGGCCCCUUUCAGCAGCAGUCCGGCAUCCCUGGGUCCAAGGGCCGCUUCCUCGCGUUCUGGACGACGCUCGUGCAGGCCGCCUUCUCGUACCUCGGUACCGAGAUUGUGGCUCUCACUGCGGGGGAGGCCGAGAAUCCUCGUCGCAACGUCCCCAAAGCCAUUCGCCGCGUCUUCUUCCGCAUCAUCUUCUUCUACAUCAUCGGCACCUUCGUCAUCGGCCUCAUCGUCUCGCCCGACGACCCCAACCUGACCAACGGUGACGGCGUCAACGCUUCGCCCUGGGUCAUUGCCAUCAAGAACGCCGGCAUCCAGGGCUUGCCGUCGGUCGUCAACGCUGCGGUGCUCCUCUCGGCCUUCUCGGCGGGCAACUCGGACCUUUACGCCAGCUCGCGUACGCUGUAUGGCCUCGCGUGCGACGGCAAGGCGCCCGCCAUCUUCCGCCGCUGCACCAAGGGCGGUCUCCCGAUCUACUGCGUAAUCAUCACGGCCGCCAUCGGCCUCCUCGCCUACAUGAACGUGUCGACGGGCUCGACGACGGCGUUCAACUACCUGUCCAACCUGUCGUCCAUCACGGGCUUGAUCACCUGGGCCUGCAUCAACUACAGCUACAUCCGGUUCUACCACGGCCUCAAGUUCCAGGGCAUCUCGCGCGACGACUUCCCGUUCAAGGCGCCGCUUCAGCCCUACGCCUCGUACUUUGGCCUCGUCGCCAUCAUCCUCGUCAUCAUCUUCAACGGCUACACCGUCUUCCUCGACGGCAACUGGAACACGGGCGACUUUAUCGUCGCUUACAUCACGCUCGUCAUCUUUGCUGUCCUCUUCGUGUUCUGGAAGCUCUUCAAGCGCACCAAGUUCGUUCGCCUCGAGGAGAUCGACUACACGACCGGCAAGCGCGAGCUCGACGCCGUCGCCGACGAGGAGGCGGCGCGCUUCGUCCCUGCGACGACCUGGUACGGCAAGAUCUGGGACUUUAUCAUGUGA